AGGUGGUGGAAAAGGCUCAGGAUCCGCUUUCCUCUGCCGCAUCCCGGCUGCCCAGCAUUGGGUACUCACUGCAUCCUUCCUGUCCUCAGUUUCCCCACCGAUAAAAGGUGGGUCCUCGUGGUCCCCCAGUGAGUCAGGAGGUGAGAGAGUCAGGCCAGUGCGUAGAGCUUCUUCAGGGGACAGCUGCAGAAAGCAGCUGUGAUACAGCCUCUGCCUCCCUGGGGCCAGGAACCCCGUGUCCCACUGUGCCCUAAGCCAGAGGGCUCCCCGUCUGUCUCUGAGAAGUAGCCACAGCCCUUACGGCGGCCCCCCAGGCUUCCUCGGUAGUCUCACAUGCUUCGUUCCCCUCCCCUCUCCUGACUGGGCCUCACACAGGCCCCACCUGACCUUGGCGCCACUCUUGGGCCUGGGGCACUCUCCCCUCUCCCCUGGCCCCAGUGGCUGCCUCAUCUCUCAGUGAGAAUUUCUGCUCACCGUUCACCAUCUCAGUGAGUCCUCCUCUGAACACCCUGGAUAAAACCAGAAACCCUCACCCCUUCCCACAUACUUAGUCCUCUGUGCGCUGUUUCUCUCCAUAACUUUUGUCAGCUUCUGUUACAGCAUGUAAUUUGCCUCUUCGUUUAGCUUUACCUCAAGGCCUGUCCACCCUCUCCCCUCCCCCUAUAAACUCCCCUAGGGCAGGGAGUUCUGUUUUGGUCACUGCUGCCUCCCUGGUGACUAGAGCAGUGCUGACACAGCGUGGGUGCCAUAGCGGUGGAAGGAAUGAAUGCAGGAUUUUUUGUUUUGCCUUUACUUGACCCAACUUUGACUUCAAAAGCUAUGAUUGGGGGUGCUACCCCUGCCUAGGUUCAUGAAAGCUCUGGGCAUGGCCAUGUGGUGGGGACAUAGUGGGGACCAGGACACUCCCAUCCCUGCAUUGUGGAGCUCCCUGUCCAGUGCGGGAGGUACCAUUACCCGGAUAAUUGUCCAAGUGACUGAGCACAUUAGAGGUAAGUGCUGUGAGGGGGCAGGAAGCUGAGCUCCGAGGAUCUGUGACUCUUUGUGGGGCAAGGAGCAGUCAGGGCAGGCUUCUCUGAGGAAAUGAGGAUUUAGCAGGUGAAGAUGGGUGAACAGUGUGCCGGCUUGGGGGACUAGUAUGUGCAAAGGUCCUGGGGUAUGUGUGUGUGUGUGUGAGAGAGAGAGAGCACACACGCAAAGACUGAGGGACCAGAGAAGAGCGUGUGGGGAUGGUGCUACAGAUCAGUGAGGCAAGAGGGUAGGCAGGGGUAAUUUCUGGUGGCCCUUGUCUCCGUGAAGGCCUGGGAUGUGAUCCCGAGCAGGGGAGGGACAGGGUCAGAGCUGUGUUUGGAGGGUCUCUGCCCACAUGCAGCUUGGUGACCUGGUGUGUUUGGAGCCUGUUGGCAGGCCGGCUCAGAUAUCUGAUGUGAUUUCUGUGGGGUGCUCUAAGGCCCUGGGCUGAGGGGGCAGGUAUGGGGCGGGGGUGGCAAGGAAGAGAAGGAAAUCUGCUCUGUGCUUAUUCUUGUCCCAGUAUCUUUUGCAGGCCGCCUACGUCUUCAGCCUGCUCCCAGUCCUACCUGCUCCAAGUAGACAGAUGGGGCAGCUAAGGGGACUGUGUGCUGUUGAAGAGAAAAAAAGUAUCUUUAACGCUGCCUUCCCGCCGAGGAGGUGGAAUAGACUGUGUUCUGUCCACCGCGCCUCCUGCAUGUCCUGCUGCCCUGAGCUGUCACAAGCUAGGUGACAGCUUGUCACGCUGCCACCAUGAACGAGGUGUCUGUCAUCAAAGAAGGCUGGCUCCACAAACGUGGUGAAUACAUCAAGACCUGGAGGCCCCGGUACUUCCUGUUGAAGAGUGACGGCUCCUUCAUCGGCUACAAGGAGCGGCCUGAUGCCCCUGACCAGACCCUGCCCCCCCUGAACAACUUCUCUGUCGCAGAAUGCCAGCUGAUGAAGACUGAGAGACCACGGCCCAACACCUUUGUCAUACGCUGCCUGCAGUGGACCACGGUCAUCGAGAGGACCUUCCAUGUAGACUCUCCAGAUGAGAGGGAAGAGUGGAUGCGAGCCAUUCAGAUGGUCGCCAACAGCCUCAAGCAGCGGGGCCCAGGUGAGGACCCCAUGGACUUUAAGUGUGGCUCCCCCAGCGACCCUUCUGCGGCUGAGGAGAUGGAAGUGGCAGUUAGCAAGGCCCGGGCCAAGGUGACCAUGAAUGACUUCGACUAUCUCAAACUUCUGGGCAAGGGCACCUUUGGCAAAGUGAUUCUGGUGCGAGAGAAGGCCAGCGGCCGGUACUAUGCCAUGAAGAUCCUGCGGAAGGAAGUUAUCAUCGCCAAGGAUGAAGUUGCCCACACGGUCACCGAGAGCCGGGUCCUCCAGAACACCAGGCACCCGUUCCUCACCGCCCUGAAGUAUGCCUUCCAGACCCAUGACCGCCUGUGUUUCGUGAUGGAGUACGCCAAUGGUGGCGAGCUGUUUUUCCACCUGUCCCGGGAGCGUGUCUUCACGGAGGAGCGGGCUCGCUUCUACGGUGCGGAGAUCGUCUCUGCCCUUGAGUAUCUGCACUCGAGGGACGUGGUGUACCGUGACAUCAAGCUGGAAAACCUCAUGCUGGACAAAGAUGGCCACAUAAAGAUCACGGACUUUGGCCUAUGCAAAGAAGGCAUCAGUGACGGGGCCACCAUGAAAACCUUUUGUGGGACGCCCGAGUACCUGGCACCUGAGGUGCUGGAGGACAACGACUACGGCCGCGCGGUGGACUGGUGGGGGCUGGGCGUGGUCAUGUACGAGAUGAUGUGCGGCCGCCUGCCCUUCUACAACCAGGACCACGAGCGCCUCUUCGAGCUCAUCCUCAUGGAAGAGAUCCGCUUCCCACGCACGCUCAGCCCCGAGGCCAAGUCCUUGCUUGCUGGGCUGCUUAAGAAGGACCCCAAGCAGAGCUUCUGCCACCCUUCAAACCUCAGGUCACCUCUGAGGUCGACACGAGGUACUUUGACGAUGAGUUUACCGCCCAGUCCAUCACAAUCACGCCCCCGGACCGCUAUGACAGCCUGGGCUCCCUCGAACUGGACCAGCGGACCCACUUUCCCCAGUUCUCCUACUCGGCCAGCAUCCGCGAGUGAGCAGAGCUGCCCACCGCCGCUGACUCCGCUGCAGGAUGCUCGAUGGGCUGCCUUCACCGCCCUGGGGGCUUGUCUCUUUGUUUUUAAACUUUUUAUUUUGCCUUUUUUUGUUUGCAUCCCCAUCCCUCACCUGCUCACCCCCAUUUCCAGUUUUUUCAGCCCUCUGCCAAACUGACCUCAGUGGUCCUGGUGGCCCCACCUCCAGGAUCCUGUCCUGUCCUCACCUUGGUGCCCAGACCAGGAUUUGGGAGACUCCACUAGCCGCCCCAGGACCAGGGCUUCAGGCAGUUGGAGAGAUUCCGGUUUUUAAUCAACACAAGCCCCAGCAUAGGGCGCCAUGUGGAGCUGCGGGUCCUGCCCAGAUUUCUGGCCUGAUGCCUGCAGCCAGCCUGUCCCUGUGCCGCUGCCCUGCUCAGAGGCUGCCUUCCUGUGGGACACCUCGUGGGACACGACGCCCUGCGGACAGUGCCCUGGUGCUGUUGGGCUCAGCGCGGCCUGGCGCAGGCGGUCCGGCCCCUCCCCCCACAGGGGCAGCAAAGCAAUAAUGUCCAGGGACAGGCGGGGGCGGGGGGGCCUUUGGAAGCUGUGGGGUUGGGGGUUUGGGAAUUCCUCGUGUAGCUGGGGCCCAGUCUACCCCAGGGGGCAUGAAGAAGGCCCCGGGGAUGGGCACUGCCUCCUUGCCCUGCCUUCCCCAGCCUCCCAAGCUGCUCUUCUGACCCUGUGGAUGAGGCAGGAGGGAAAUUUAGGGACAAGCCUCCCCACCACCCAGUCCUGUGCCUUACCAGGGCUUCCUUCCGGCUGGCCUUAACUCCUGCUGGGCCCUGGGCCCUGCCCCAACCCUUGCCAAGGAUGGGGGUUGGGAUCACCCCCUUCUGGCUGCUGGGGGGCGGAGGGUGCCAGCUCCAGCUGUUACACAUCUCGCACCGAGACAGUAUUGGGCCCUGUGGACUGGGGUCAAGGAGGGGGUGGGAGUGGGGUUCUCUGGUACGUACUGGGGGGGUGGCCUCUGAGCAGGGGAGGCUCCAGGGCCCCUCCCUCCCUCCCCCUCCCUGGGCCCCACGUUCUGCAGCCUUAAGGUGAACGUUUGUCACUGCUGUGGGCUUGCGUGUGCGUGUGUCAGCCUGUGUCUGGAUGGCCCCAUGCAUCUGGGACUUGGGUGCAUAUGGGGGUGUGUGUGCAUGCGUGUUCGGUAUGUGUGUGUCAGGGCAAGUGUGUCCCGGCCUUGAGUGCGUGUGUGUGUGUGUGUGUGUGUGUGUGUGCAUGCUUGGGCCCUAUCCUCAGCCCCAGCAUUUCAUCCCACAGGGGAGGGGUGUGGGGGAGCCACAUCUGGGGUCCAUUUGCUGCCCAGCCUCCCUCCCCCCCCAACAUAUCUGGGUGUGUGGAAUUUAGUUGUGGCUUUGAUCUCCCUGCCCCACCUCCUGUACUAGGUAGUUCAGAGAGAGACAUCCUAGGGUGGGGUGAGGGUUGGUUUGGGUGGGUGGGGGGUCUUUUUCCUUUCUGUGUGUGUAUGUCAUUUAUCUGACAAUUCUCUGUCCUCCCCACUGGCCUUCCCCAUUCCUCCCAUUUGUACGGUACAAGCAAUAAAGACACUCGUUUCAGACCGGG